AUGUUUGGCCGCCCAGGCAUUCGUGAAACUUAUUUGAACAGUGCAAAGCCUAGAUACCCCAGGGUAAGUUUCUGUUUGAUUUCUCUUUUUACUGAAUAUUUGGCACUCACUGCCUAACUUAAGUUCAGAUUUUGGUUUUGUCAAAUGCCAUGUUUUUUUAUAUUACCCAUGUUUCUAGGGAAGUCCCGAGAGAGACCAUUCUCCAUCCCGCCGUCGAAGUAGUAGAGAACGAGAGCGAGAAUAUCGGCAUCGAAGUCGCAGUGUCUCACCAACCAGAGUUCGUGUCAGCAAUGGAAGAAGGUAAGAAUCUUUUUGUCGUUUCUUUUGUGUUUAGGAAUAAAGGCGGUGAAGUCGUCUAAUAUAGUUUAAAAAAGUGCUGUUUUUGGAAGAGCCAAGUUUGCAGAUUUCCUUUCCUUUAUAAGGCUAUUCGAUGAUGUUUUUUCGAGAUCGACCUUUUGAUACCUAAUUUUAAUGUCCAUUGUUUCCAAUUUUUUGUGGUUUGACUUAUGAACUUUAGCCGCUUCUCUCCUGACCGUCGCGGUUCUCCAGAUCGUUACCGGUCGUCUUCCAGAGAGGAGAGACGCUCACGUUCCGGUGAACGUCGUCGUUCCGAGGAGAGACGCUCACGUUCCGAUGAGCGUCGUCGUUCCGAUUCGGAAAUGUCGAUCUCAGAUGGAGAGGAAGAUCAUCAUGGCUUUAGGCGGACAUAUGAUCCCGAGAAGAAGAAGACCAUUAAGAUAACCGUGAACAGCCAUAUCCCGCGAGACGAAACUCCGGAACGCACCGGUACCCUUGUUUUUGGACAUCGAAUCCGAAAUGCACCUCCAAUUGAGGAUAAAAAGCGGAGAUCACGAUGGGAUUCCAAUGCUGAAGCGCUGGAAAUCCCGGAUACAAUGGAGAUCUUGGCUAGACAAGGUAUAAUUUGUUCCAUUUUAUUCUGUUUGCUCUCGAUCGAGGCGCAUAUUGGUUGUUUAUGUUGGUUGUUGUUUUAUUGGAAUGAUUCAAGGAAUCUCUACUACUCCGUAAUCCAGCUGGGUUAAAAAAAACCCUUCUUGAUUUAGAGAAAUUUCUACUUCUUUUCUUAAAGUUUUUGACGAAUUUAUUUUGUCCAACGCAAAAUGGCGCUUGAGACAUCCAAAAAGAUCUCAUACAGGUUAACUAUUAUCCAAUUUUUAUUUUUUUCUACAAUUCCAGGUGUCAAAAAUCCGACAGAGGCCUUGCAGAAGAUCAAUGAGUUGCCUUCUAUGGAGCAAAGGUAACUUUAGUCAUGUUUUGUGUCAUUGUCCUUAUAAUAUUAUCCUAUUUUGAUGGUUUAAUAAACGAUUUUGCUCGAAUUUUCAGGUAUAAAUCUCAAGCGAAUGAUGACAACGCGGUUCAAGAACAACUGCGGCUUCUGGCCCAGCAAGAGGAGCUGGAGAGGAUGACCGUAAAUCUACCCCCUUAUCUACGGGCACAAGUAAAGAGCAAGCUGGACCCUGCUAGAAUUAAUAUUCCACCACCAACACUCGUCGAUCCGAACGCUAGAAAGGAAAAGAAAAGAGAGGAACGGGUUGAGCAACCUCCAUUGGCCGCGUCUAUUUCAGUUUCCGACAUCAAGAAGGUUUCUCAACUCACAAUGCCUCCUCCUGGCUUGUUCAACACGCUUCCACCAUUUCCUCCGCCAGGCAUGGGUGUGCCUCCGCCAGGCAUGGGUGUGCCUCCGCCAGCGCUCGGCAUGCCACCUCCUUUCCUUCUCCCUCCAGGGGCUCAGCCCAUCCCCGGCUUUCCAUUAGGACCUCCACCGACCUUAUCCAUGCCGAUGGGUGUCGGAUUCCCACCCGUGAGCACAAGUGUUGCACCAAUGGGACAACCAAUGCUCAACGCCGGCGAUAUGAAAACCCCAAUCAUGCAGCCACCGCCAGUAGUCCCACAGCCAGUCUUCAUCGACCCCACGGAGAGAUUGUUCCAAGCCCGUGCGGAACUCUACAAACGCGAUCUCACCCAAAUUACGAACAUUCCUGCUCUCCUAGAAUACUGUAAGAAAGAGUCCAUCUUUUAUAAAUGCUCGAUUUUUGGGAAAUAAGUUAUCAGCUAGCUCCGAUUUGAGCCCAAGGAUAUACAAAAAAGGUACAAUUUUGAGUUUUUAGUGUGGUCUCAAGGAUUUGAUCGUAUCCCUCCAGAAGAUCCGCCGCUGUUGUUUAACGAAGUCGUCAAGAAACGAGAUGGAAUUCUCGGAGUUUCCGCUUUAUAUCAGAUUAUUUGCUAUCAACACCCGGAAUUGGAAACUUAUUACUGUGGAAUGUGCAAUCACUGGACAACAGUUUCCGAGAUGUUUAACCACCUGACCGCUGAUAUGCAUAGAAUGAACUUUUUGGUAAGACUAUUGAGAAUAUAACGUUGACUAAAUUUGUCUGGGUGAAAUGCAAGAUGAGCGCAGACGUUUUAGAGUAAAUUAACGAGAAAAACCCGUCAAACUUUUAAGUUGGCAUAUCAUAGCGUGGAGGAACCUUUCUCAAAACAAGCUGAAAUAAGUUCUAAUUAUUAAAGGUUCAUUUUCAGUUCCGAAACUACAAAGUCUUCCACCAAAAAGCGCAGGAACAUGAGUCUCCAGAGAUGCGCAGCAAGUUUCUGCAAUUUGUAUGCAAAAAAGUCCAGAGUAUCGAAGGAAGUGGUGCGGUUGUCAACCGAAUGCGAUGCAUCUUGAAUAUCGAUGAUAUCCGCCGAAUCUGGCCCGAUUAUCAUGAAUACGUUGAUCAUUCAUGGAAAGUCAUGGCUACUGGUGAGGACUUUUUGGCUUUGUUUAAGUUUGUCCAAAAACUAUUAUUUUAAAUGGUAUUUUAGAUGAUUUCCUAAUGGAGACAUCGGAUAGCCCUCCGAAACGAAAUGACCCUACUAAAGUUGAGGUCGUUCCUAAAGAAAAAGAUGCCGAUCGUCCAAAAAGUCGUGGGGACAACGAAAAGUCUAAAGACAAAGAACGUUCGCGCGAAAAAGACUCUAAGAAAAGCAAAGAAACGGAGAAAAAGUCGUAAGUUUUUUUUUGAGAUUUAGUUGCCUUGCGAAGAAAGUUCCGUUGCGUUAAAUCAAGGAACAGAGUGAAAAGGUCGAGGUUCUAAAAGAGUUUGUAAAAACAUGAGCUCUUGGCCUGAAAAUUCGGAAAGUUUUUUUGCUGUGCUUAAAGAAAUUACUGUUAUUGUUUAGAAGUUCUUCGUCUUCUUCUCACCGUGAUUCCCGUGACAAACGCCGCUCUCGUUCUCGAGAACGCCGGCGCAGUCGCGAGCGGCGCUCUCGAUCUCCGAGGCGGCUGACUAAAUCCCCAGUGAAAGACGAAAGGGACUGGGAGAAAAAGACCAGCCAGUUCUUGGCCCAGCUCGGAGACACUGGGCUGAAAUCGGCCCUGCAAUCGGUGGAGAAGAAUGCUAAAAAUGAAAUAAAGAAACGAUCGAGCGAGGAAGAACAAAAGACGUUUACAAGGAAAGCCCUCGGAGUUUUAAUGGAGUUACAGGCCUUCCAAGACAACACCGGGCAUGUGGAGAAGAGCAUGGUUUAUGCGGUAGCCGAAGAGAUGGGAUUAACAAGAGAUGAUGUCGACAAGUCUAAGGUCAUCCAACAGGGCCUCAAGAACUUCAAUAUCAUCGAGCCAAAGCCAAAAGAUGGCCCCAAGGAUACGAAAGACAUUUUAAGGGAUGCUGGUUUGUCGGCCAACGAUAUGAAGGAAUUGCUUAGUAAGAUUGGUCAGUCGACCAGCAGAAAGUCUCCGCCAAAGGAAUACGACGAUGUUUGUUUGGUUUUCCCAACAGCCGACAGCGAAGAAGCCCUUAAGAACAACCCGAAUAUCAGACGAAUAAACGCGCAAAUCGAAGAGUUGAAACAUGAAUUAAAUGUGCCAGGAAUUUCUGUCAAGAAUUCGAAUCGAAUCAGGAGUACGAUUGGAGUUUUACGGAAGAAAAUUGAAGCCGAAUACGAGAAGCACACCGGAAAAAGUAAAGCGGAACGAAAAAUGGAAGCUAAAAAUAAGAAGUAUACGGAAGAAUUGCCUGGAUCAUGGGGAAUUGGCGGAAAUUCGUUUGCACCUGGUAAGGAAAGUGUUAGAGAUGUUUCUUGAUUUUUUUGCAAGAAAUUAGAGUGAGAAUCGUAUAGAGAAUAAGGUUUUUUCAUUACGUUUAAAUUGUUAUACAGAUACAUCACGAAAUAAGGGGAUUUUUGUUUUUUUUAUAAACGUAUCUCCCCAAAUUUCAGCCCCAGCAGUCCGAGCAGUAGUGGAGAAACCGGGCUGCGAUCCGGCCAAGGUCGAACGGGAAUGGACCGACUACUACCUCAAAAACCCUGAAAGUAUUGGAAAGGAAAUCCCCAAUGACUACGAUGAAGAAGCCUACGACUCCUAUUAUGGACAGGGGACCUACAAGAUCUUUUGCGAAGCCAAGAAACGGGCAGCAAUCAACGCCCGCAGGCUAUUAGAAAGCAAAAACAACCCCAUGUGGUAG